AGAGCGCGCGGCGCGGCGCCAGAGCUGGACACUGUGCGCGCAUUCCUCAUUCAGAGUGCACUGUAAAAGAAGAACCAAUAUCCUCUUUUUAAUUACACCACUGUGUUGUUCUCGUGGCUCAAACCCGCAACUUAAAUCGUAAUUAAUUCUGAGGAGGCUUUGGGAGCAGGACGACACUCAAUCAUCCCGGGACCGGAGUGAAACCUCAACGCGCAAGGGAAUAAUUAGUAGCCCGUGUGUGACAGCGUUGACAGACUCGAGAAAAGACUGUGGAGCAGAGAGGACAAGUGGGGACUGACUGAGCCUGCGAAGUUUCUCCGUGUGUGUGUGUGUGUGUAUAGCUGUUCUUGAGGAGCGGAGAGAAAGUGUUGUGGAGGGUAGCUCCUCUCCAAUGCGUCGGUUCCCCGUACACUGAUGGACUGAGCACGGUGACAUUUGGAAUAGCCUUCCCCUGUUUUCAUCAGUUUUAGACGAUAUCUCAGACCGAAAUGCUGCCCUGCAUCAUAAUAAUCGGCUUGUUUCUGACUGCGGCCCGAUCCCAAGAUCUCUAUCCCUCACAGGCAUCAUCCUCUAUAAGUGAGUCUUGUGACUCCUUGUGCUCCUGCGAGGGAAAAGAUGGCAUCCUUCAUCUUAACUGUGAGCAAAGAAACAUCAGCAAAAUCUCCCAAAUCAAAGUCCCGUCAGGUGUGCCCUUCCACCUGAACCUUUACAAAAAUGACUUGGUUGAGCUCCGCGCCGAGGAAAUGGAAGGGCUUAAAAAUGCCCUUUCACUGCACAUUGGGAGUAAUAGCAUUCAAGAGCUGGAACCAGGGGUCUUUAGCAGUCUCGGUUCACUGAAAAAACUCCACAUAAAUAGCAAUUUCCUUGUCACUCUGAAAGAGGACACUUUUCAAGGUCUGGUGAAUUUGGAGUUUCUCCAAGCUGACACAAAUUUCAUUCAGGUCAUCGAGCCCGGGGCCUUCAACAAACUGAUCCGCCUCAAGGUCCUCAUCCUCAAUGAUAAUUCCAUCGAGUUUUUACCUAACAACAUUUUCCGGUUCGUGCCCCUCACCCACCUGGACUUACGUGGCAACAACCUCCAGACGCUGCCUUAUGUGGGCUUUUUGGAGCACAUCGGACGGAUAAUGGAACUUCUCUUGGAGGACAACAAGUGGAUCUGUGACUGUGAUAUUUUACACUUAAAAAUCUGGAUGGAGAAUAUGAGGUCCCAGUCAGCAAUCGGGGAUGUAGUCUGCAGCACACCACAUCACCUAAAGGGGACCAUUCUGGCUAAAGUCAAGCGGGAUGUUCUCUGCCCGUCCCAUGCAGAUAUUAACUUGGAGGAGCCCUCAAAGUCACUGGAUAUGGUUGUUACUCCCUCGUCCAAAGUGUCUCAGAGUCCCAAGUUGAUUGACGCCAAAGAUGAUGCCAAGGUACCGACACCGUCUCACAUUCCCGGCAGUCCUUGUGUGGAGCACUGUUCUUGUCACAAUCACCCUGUGGCUGGGUUUUUGAUGCAUUGUCAGGACAGAGGCAUUCAAAAGGUAUCAGAUAUCGGAAUACUUCAGCAAAGCCCGACCAAACUAGUCAUGACGGGAAAUAUGAUUCAGAAACUCUUGAAGUACGAUUUUGUCACAUAUGAUAGUUUAGAGCUGCUUAACUUGGCGAACAACAGGAUUGAUUACAUUGAUAAUGAAACUUUCCUUAGCUUGAGCAGUUUGAAAAAACUGUAUUUGAAUGGCAACAGAAUUGAAAAACUGUUCUCCACAAUGUUUGUGGGGCUCCACAACCUUGAAUACCUGUAUCUGGAAUACAACCUUAUCAAAGAGAUUGCUCCAGGCACAUUUAAUCCCCUGCCAAACCUGAAGCUGUUGUCAUUAAAUAACAACCUGCUCAGCUCUCUUCCAGCACAGAUAUUUCGCAAUGUGCCCCUCACCAAAUUAAACUUGAGGAAAAACCUACUUAUGCACCUGCCAGUGAGCAACGUGCUUGAUCAACUCGACUCGCUAGAGCAAAUUUAUUUAGAGGACAACCCCUGGGACUGCAGCUGUGACUUGCUCAGCCUCAAACAAUGGGUGGAGAAACUCAGAAAGGACACGGUGGUUGGCUCCAUUUAUUGUCACACCCCAAAGAAGGUGAUGCAGGCUGAACUGAGAGGCCUUCGUCAUGAGGUGCUAUGUCCCGGUCUGGGGACCUACUACCCUAUGUCCCCAGAUGGGGAGGAGAGCGUGACCGCCACUCUGGGGCCCGACAGCAUUGGCAAGGGUUUGUUCAGCUCACUCACGGACACUGUCCCACUCUCUGUGCUCAUCUUAAGCCUUCUUAUGUUUGUCCUAAUGAUUGUAUUCUGCUCAGCCGGAUUGGUGGUGUUUGUGGUGCACCGACGGCGGAGAAGGGCAAAGAGAAAAGCAGCAGAGGAGCAGCCCAGAGAAAACACCAGCAGUAGUCCCAUCCACUUACAUUACAGCAUGUACGGGCAGAAAACCACACACCACACUCUGACACAAAGAACAGGGUCUGCCACUCUGUAUGAAGACAGAUCACAUAGUCCUAUUGUGCAGAUCUGUCGCAACCCCACCUACUGCUCCCAGCACAAGGAGCACGACACAGAUUUGGAUUAUGGCCUCGACGACCCCAACACCAAGCAUCACGUCUGCCGGAGUAUCAUGGAGAAGGAGAACACUUCUCCACUCACAGGAAACCCCAGCUCAAAGUUCCGACCCAUGACAGGCGAGUGCCCUGCAGAGUUCGUCACGCUCGGGAAUCCCAACUCCUUGUACAGGAACAUUCUUGAGAGGGAGAAGGAGCUGCAGCAGCUUGGAAUAACGGAGUACCUUAGGAAAAACAUGCCCCAGCUUCAGUCUGCUGUAGACAUGCAAGUCCCUGGGCACCAGGAGGAGUUAAAGCUAAUGGAGACAAUUAUGUACUCGAGACCACGCAAGGUCAUGCUUGAGCAAACUAAGAAUGAGUACUUUGAACUCAAGGCUAACUUGCAUACUGAGCCAGACUACUUGGAGGUUCUAGAGCAUCAAACUGCAUUUAACUGAACUUAAGCAGAAAACAACAACAACUAUAACUAUAUAUUAUGUUUUGAACCAAGUAGUGCCUUGUCCUGUUUGCCCUCCCGUACUUUCCACAGUGUGAGAUCUAUAUAUCAUGGGCACAUCACUUUUAGUUAAUUGUAGCACAGAAUGUAACUGGUUUAGUUUGUGUUACUUUUCGUCUGUUGACAGCCAUGUUAUGUAGCUGGUGAAAGGUGUAGUAAUGUUGGCCAAAUGUAACGUAAAGCUAUCAAAGUGUGUUGACCGGGCCUGGGUUUGAAACCCUCUUUGAAAUCCACUCAAUCAGCUUUUGACUUUGAAUUGAUCCGCACAGCUCACCCAGAUGUUUGAAAAGAAGCGGGUGAAUUUCAAUCACCACUUGACCCAGAAUUGCUGUGUAAUCAGCCUAACCUGGGUAUGACCUGAUUACACCCUCUGUCAACAUAAGCCAGCUGGAAUGCUGUAACCAGAAUGCUCAUUGUGCCGUAGAGUCAGCGAAAUGCCAACUGUAAAUAGGAAAACAGUGGUAGGAGUGUGGUUCCACUGCUAUUCUGUCAGCUCCGUUUCAUCGAUCCAACACACUGCACAGAUGCAGUCAUAGGUCUUUUAUUUAUUUUUUAUAAAAAAAACUGGUGACAUUCACAGAAAGGAUGUUUUAUUUUCUUUCAAUCAGUAAACACAGCACUUAAAGUAUAUUAUACACAACUGUAAUCUUGUAAAAAAAAAUGCAUUGCACUAAUCAAAUGCCAUAAGAUGGUGCAUGACAAUCAACAGAGUCCUGCUGAAACUUUUUGUUUGUUUGUUUUGUUUUUUUUCUGCCCGAAACGACGAGGCACACAUGUGUAUGAUACUUCAGUAUGUUUGUGUGUGUGUGUGUGUGUGUGUGUGUGAGCGGAUGUGAGAUUUUGUUUCAUGUCACUGUUUUUUAAGUCUGACAAGAGCUUCUUCCUCAUGCUGAUUGGCUGAUUUGGAACAGUUGUGAACUGAUUAGAGGCGGGGCAUACUCACCUGUGAGCACAUGUAUGCUCACUGACGAGCAACAUCAACCCAAAAGCUCCAGUUUUCCACGCAGACAACCUGCCAACUGACUUCAGCCAACUUUGCUCUGUUUCUCAGCUCAUAUUAAAGGAACGGACUGCUGGCGACCAACAUGUGGACAUUGUCAGACUUUACACUACACACUUCAUUCAUGGAAACAUUUGAAACGGUUCAUGUAAGCACACACUCUGUAGCUUUUCUACUUUAACUAGAUUUAAUUAUUUAUUCUGUAUAUUUUGUAUAUACUUAUGUUCCAUUAUAUCUUUUGUUUUUUUUUGUGUGCCUUCAGUGCUGUACAGAAUAUAAAGAGAAGCUGUAACUGAUAAACAGGAAAUAAAGAGUUGCAAUAUUACAUUAACUUGGAACUUGGA